CAGAAAGAAAGUUUAGGCUUUGCAAUCGCAAUUAAGCUACUUCUAAUUUUUGCUUGGCCCUAGUAUCUCAACUUCCUUUAAUUUCUUCGGCCAAUCCUACAGGGUCUUCUUCAAUGGAGCUUCUGGUAGAGCUUAUCAUGGAGCUGGUAAAGUGUUUGGGGAAGUCAGCUUGCACUUGUCGAGAUUAUCACUUAAAUUUUGAUGAAGCUGUGAGUGAUCUGGGAAGUGAAUGGGGAGCUCUAAACAGUCGAAAAGAGGCUAUCAAUUCAAUGGUAAGGACCAAGGUUCUUUGGGGGAAAGAAGUAAAACAUGAAGUGCAAGGUUGGCUUGAACGUGUAGAAGAAAUCAACAAGGAAGUGCAAGCCAUUCAAGAAAAGAUUCGGAGAGUAAAGUGGCACUCACGGGGUUGUCUUGGAAAACUUGUUUGCAAGAAAAUUGAGGUGGUGAAAAAAAUCCGUGAACAAGGUUGUUUUCCUGAUGGUCUCGUAGUUGAUAGACCUCCAACCUGUGGAGUCAUAAUGUCAAAUGAUAAUCCAGUGGGUGAAGAUUCUGCAAAAGAAAAAAUCUGGGGAUACUUGGUGGGCAAUGAAGUUAGAAAGAUUGGAGUUUGUGGGAUUGGUGGGGUUGGAAAGACUACUAUUAUGAAGCAUAUCAAUGAUGAACUGGUGAGGGAGGCCAAGUUUGAUAAAGUGAUUUGGGUCACUGUAUCUUACCCACUCGAUGUAAUUAAAUUACAAGAAAAUAUUGCUCAUGCUAUUACUGAAGAUGAUACACAGAGACUCCCUGGAGGUGAGGAUAAAGAGAGGCGGGCAGCUGAAUUAAAGAGUGUUAUGGGAAGAGUAAGGCAUGUGCUUAUCCUAGAUGAUGUCUGGGAAGUGUUUUCUCUGAUUGAAAUAGAAGGGUUGGUAGAAGGGUGGAUUGAUGAAGGACUAAUUGAUGUGUUGCCUAGUAGAAAAGCAGCUUAUGAUAGGGGUCAUGCCUUUUUAAAUAUGCUAGUAAAGAAGUGCUUGUUAGAGAAAACUGUUGAUUGGUGUGGUGUUGAUGUUUUCAGGAUGCAUGAUGUAAUGAGAGACAUGGCUAUCAAAAGCAUUGGUCCUGAAUUUGGAUAUAUGGUAAAAGCUGGCAUGAAAUUGACAGAUGUACCAGAUGAGUGUGGGUGGGGAAAUUAUCUUAAGAUGGUGUCUCUAAUGAAGAAUAACCUAUCAAAAAUUCCCCUUGGAUUGUGCCCAAAGUGUCCAACUCUUUCAACUUUGAUAUUGUCAAAUAAUCAAAAUUUAUCAGAGAUCCCAGAAUCCUUCUUUGAAGGUAUACCUGAACUGAAGGUUCUUGAUCUUUCUAACACUGGUAUUGAAGCUUUACCUAAUUCCAUCUCAAACUUGGAGAAGCUCUCUUCCAUGAGGUUAAGGUGGUGUCAGAGGUUAAGGUAUUUGCCUCCUUUAGCAAAGCUUAUGGUAUUAAAGAAGUUGGAUCUGGUUGGUUCUGGGAUUAAGGUGGUCCCUCAAGGCAUGGAGAAAUUGAUUAGUCUGGAAUAUCUUGAUUUAAGGUAUUGUUACAAUCUAAAAAAGAUUCCAAUGGGAAUGUUAUCAAACCUUUCCAAUCUCCAAUACUUGUCAGUUUAUAAAGGAUUGAAGAUAAAAGGAGAAGAGGUUGCGGGAUUGAAGAAGUUGGAGACCUUUAAAGGUGUAUUCGAUGACAUACAGGACUACAAUCAUUUUGUCAACUCUCAAGAUUUCCAAAUUCUUACUGAGUACCGUAUUGAAGUAGUAAAAAGACUCAGAGUAUUGCCGACUACUCCAAGGGAAUUUGUGGUAAAAAGACCCAGAGCAUUGCCGAUUACUCAAAGGGAAUCUUGGGUUAGUAUUUAUUAUUGUGACUUAGGAGAAGAAUGUACGGUGCUUCCAGAUAACCUUCAGAUGCUGAAGAUAUUGUACUGUAGAAACAUGAGAAGCGGCUUAAAUAAAGCAGCUUUGUUAGAAAAGGCAACCGAGUUGAGUUAUUGUAAUAUUGAGUCUUGUGAAGAUAUGGAGUGCGUCAUUGACUUGGACUCAUCCUCCUAUCCAGUACUGGAUAAGCUUGAACAGCUGGAUCUUUCGUUAUUGCCUAAAUUGAGAAUGAGGAAGUUGCUUCCACUUGAGCUGCUGCAGGCCUUCCAAAACUUAGAGGAGAUUGAUGUUAAUAGGUGCGAACAAAUGGAGGAGAUAAUAGCAUCAUCAGAUUCAGAUGCAUCAUUGGAUAAAUUCACUUUUCCCAAGUUAAGGAGAUUGUGGUUGCGGGGUUUACCUCAAUUGAAGAGCAUCUGCAAUGCCAAAGGAGUUAUCGUUUGUGAUUGUAUUGAAAAAAUUCAAAUAAGGAGAUGUCGGGAGUUAACGAGGAUCCCUGUGCAGUUUCCCCUGCUUGAUAAUGGCCAACCAUCUCAUCUCAAAGAAAUCGAGAUAGAUGAAGAGUCAAAAGAAUGGUGGGAAUCAGUGGAGUGGGAUCAUAAGAACCUACUUCAACCUUUCUUGAAAUAUCAUUGGUGGUGAUUGAGGGAUGGAAGGAAACAAUUUCUGUUGAAUUGAAGGGAAUAAAUGAUCAUGAUCCAGAGUACGGAAUCGUCAAGUUAAAUUUCUAGGUUUAUUCAACAUUCCUUCCAGUUCAUGGUAGCGCUAAUCUGGGAAGCAAAUAAAGAAACAAGACAAGCAGGGGAAAGUGCCCUCAAAGAGAAAGUAUAGAAGAAUCUUUCUUUGGGUCUCCAACACUCUGUAAGUAGCAGAAUCAGGGAACCCUUCAUGGAGAGACAUCAAACUCAUAGCACCUUUGAACACUGAACACUCAAAAAGACAGUCUGGGAAAGCAAGGCAAUAUCUUAUCAUUCUUAGAAAGAGUUGACUUGGACAAAAGUUUCUGCUUCUUCCUAGCCGUCAUUCUUC